AUGGGAGCCCCCGUCCGUACGACGCCGCUCGUCUGCGCGGAUUUGAACGAUGGCGUGGGGCUCGUCAAGUCCGAGGCCGGGGUUUUCAAGCCCUUGUCGGACGCGAUCGGCGACGUGGCGGCUGCGCUGGAGCACCACUCCAGCACCGCAUGGCGGAGGCUGUGCGAGGACUGGCACGUGGCGAUGGUGAACACGUUCUACGAGGGCUAUACCUUCUCGGGGCCGGCUCGCGGGCGCCGUGACCACACGCUCCUGCUCGUCUCAGUCAUGGUUGUACCAAUGCAUCCUGAGCUGCUGCCCAAGGCCCGGCAGGUGCAGUGGAAUUUGGACGAGUGCAUGGUGGCGAUGAGGCAGCACAAAGGCAAACAUACCUUCCUCCAGACGCUGGAGUCCAAAUGCAGCCUGGUCCCCCCGAGGGCGCUCGAGGAGGAAGCUGGACCCGACGAGGUGUGGGACGAUCUCGCGGGUGCGGUGCGGGAUGCAAGCCUGGAGCACUUCGGCCUCAAGCGGUACGACACGGAGGACAUCGAGAGUGCGACUGCUGCUCGCAAGUGCCUGCUGAUGAAGCGGGCCGCUAUCCGCGCCACUUACGCCCUUGAGGGCGAGCGCGAGAGGGAGGGCAGAAAUCCCGCGAGAGAGAGCCCCAGGUUGGAGCACACGGCUGCAGCCCGGCGGCAGAUGAUGCAGAGCGUGGGGUGCAAGGGCGGCUACUCGGCCACAGAGCUGGAUCAGCGGCCGUACCGCGAACAGCUACGACAAGCGGCGGACAUUGGCCGCAUCAUCCACGUCACUUGCCCUGUCGGCAAGGCGUACACGUCCGUGCUGAUGGCGCGACCGGUGCGCGAGAAGGCCUCACCCAUGGACUUCGGCUUAGUCCCCCGGCGAUCGCGCGAGGGGGCCCUCGUUACGACGGCGGUGGUGGCCGAGCGGGCUGCGCACUACGGACUGACGACGAUCACGAGCUUCAGGGACCUCAGCAAGGCUUUCCGGUGCCCGUCGCUGGAGGAUAUGGAGCAGGGUCUCGACCAGAUGCUUCUGGAUGAGGACGCUGACAACGUUAAGCAGAGGGUCAGGGACUACCACUGCGAGGUCGAGACGGCGGAGGGCAUCCUGCGCAUGAAGACUGGCCAAGGGGUGCUCAUCGGCGACUCGGUAGGGCCACCGCUCUUCUUGGAGGUCUUCUCUCCUGUGGCCCUGCAGUGGGCCGUCGCGGACUCCAUGCGGCCCGACACCGAGAUGCUGGAGGUGCGGUCCAUCGUCUCCCAGAUGGUGCUCGAUCUCAGCCUGACGAAGGACGCGGACGAUCUGUGUAAGCGGUUCGUCUCUUGGUGCCACAACACUGUCGUUGCCAACCACAAGGCGUCUGACUCGCUGUUGGACCGUCUGCUUGAGCCGAGGGGCUACGCGCAGAACAUCACGAAGCAGCACACCAUGUGCGCCUUCCGUGGACCGGGCGCUCGCGCCCAGACGCGGGCAUUUUACGGCAAUAAGUUGGCGGUCAGGGGCAAUUGUUCUGUGGUCGCACGGUAUCUGGGGCCGAUGCUGCACUACCGGGGGGCCCAGGCGCUGGAGUUGAAGGCGCGCGUCGCUGCUGCCGCCAGGGGUUUCUGGGAGAUGGGCCGCUUCUGGAAGUCCGAGGCCUCGGUAGAGACAGUCCGGCAGGUCUUCCGAUCUAAGGUGUUGGGGACCCUACUCUCGUGGGCGGCGGCGGUGGUGCCAACGUCGUCGUGGCUGUCGACGCUCCGUCGCGCGGCUAUCCGACUGGGCAGGUCUGCGCUGGGGGCGAGGGCUACUCGCAGUUAUUUGGCGGAGGAGGGCUACCAGCACAGGGCGAUGCCCACCCAGAUUAUCCGCCAGAUGCUGCAGAUGGCCGACGUUGAGCAGGAGAUUCGGGCCAUGCGUCUCGGCUUCUACAUCCGCAUGCUGCGCCAACCCUUGGACCACGAGAUAGAGCCCACGGCGUUGUUCGGUCAGCUGCCUUUCGCACUGGAGGAGAUUCGUUUGGCGGACGGGCGGCUGGGCCCUGGGGCGUCUCCCAUGGCCCGGUGCUUGGUGGAAGACGUGAGGGUGCUGUUGGUUGGCUCCGAGCAGGAGGAUUUGCUGGCGGAGUGGGAGAUGCGCCCCAUGAGGCUGCUCGCCUCUGGCGCCCUUCGCGACGAAAAGUUUUACGAUUGGACCCAAGGGUACUGCGCGUGCAAGGCUCCCCAGUGGCCGCUCGCGCUGGCGGGGCCAGCUGGCGGCGUGGCUGCUCCGGCGGCCGGCGGGCCUCCAGCCGAGGAGGGUGCGGCGGCGCCUCAGGUGCAGCCCAAGGCGAAAGGGGCGACCAAGCGAGGGGCGAAGCGGUUGGACGACUUCGAGGAGACCCUGAAACUGCUCGCCCGCCUCGUCCUCAUCCACGACCUGCAGAUCCGAGACCUCGAGUCGGCCACCUACCUCACGAUCAAGCUCCUGCACGACCAUCCAGUAGUCAAGGCCGUGAAGGAUUUGGGCAAGGCCUACAGCGCCGCGUGCCACGGCAAGAGCCCCAAAGUCCACACUUCAGGGCUGAGACCUGGCGGGCUCGUCCGGGAGAUGCACGAGAAGUUCACAGACCGGCAGUCCCUCUACGAGGUGGUGACGUUUUUCAAACACAAAGACAUGCACGACCAGCGCCACUGCCGCCUGUGCCACGAGGUCGUGAAGUGCUACAAGAUGGCGAUGCUCAAGGUCGGGGCGGUGCAGCUUCAGGGAUCGGCUCCUCCCAACGGGCUGUACCGCGCCCUGCAGCAGUGGGUGAGCCAUCGGUCAGGCGAGGCCGCGGCGGGCGACCGCGGUGUGCGCGAGCUCGCGGCCUCUCCCAUCGCGCGCGUGGAGGAGCAAUGA